AUGUCUAAUCAGAUAAACGGAGUCGCGGAGAUGGGCUCGGAGAUGGACAAGCGAGCGGAGAUCGACGCUACUGGCCGAAUGGCAGGGAUGAGGGUGGACGAUAGCGAGAUAACUGGCCAUUUCGACAGAGAUGGAUGUGACGGUGGAGAUGGCGACAACAACGGCGAGAACAACAACGAUAAUAACACCAGCAACAACGCAAACAACAGUAACUCCACCCAGCGUCCACUCACGAUAGUCUACUCGACAGAAACCGGCAAUGCGCAAGACGUAGCAGAGCGAUUAGGGCGACUAGGUGAGCGGUGGCGAUGGGAAGUGAGGGUUUGCGAAGCGGAUGAGUUCGACAUCAAUACUCUCCUCACAGCGCCGAUAAUUCUCUUCGUGCUCUCAACGACUGGCAACGGAGAGCACAACCCCACUUUUCGCAGUCUGUGGCGGCAGCUGCUCAAUUCACGUCUACCGUCGGAUUUGCUGGAUGGGCUGGUAUAUGGGGUGUUUGGGCUGGGCGACUCCUCGUAUGCGCGUUUCAACUGGGCCGCUAAAUCGCUCGAUCGUCGGCUCGAUAGUCUCGGUGCGCAGCGCGUCGUCGGCAGAGGCGAUGGCGAUGAGAGACAUUACAUGGGAUAUGAUGGUGUCUUUCUGCCGUGGUCCGGCGUUCUCUUCAACAACCUCAAUCACCUCCUUCCCCUCCCCAAAGGCGUGGAUAAGUUGGAUGACGAUUACCUCCCCCCACCGCGCGUCAAGAUGGAGUGGCUGAAUGGGAGCGGGAGUGGGAGUGGUAGUAAGAAUAGCAGCUCUAGCAACACCACGAACAACACCAACACACCACCAAAUAAUCCUAGCACGCCUUACACCUGCACACUUGACAGCAGCACGCGUCUCACAUCCCCGUCAUGGUGGCAGGAUGUACGCCAUCUAGUACUAAACACCCCACCCACUCUGCCCCCCUUCCGCGCCGGUGAUGUAGCUGUGUUGCAGCCGCGCAACGAACCCAGCGCGAUAUCCAACCUCGUGCGCCAAUUAGGGUGGGAGGAAUGUGCGGAUGAGUUAUUGCUGCUUUGUGACAGGCAGUCUAGUCACUCUGAUAACGCAAAUCACGAUACUCAAACUCACACUACCCACCUCCCAAGCCCCCUGCAACGAUACACCCACACACCCACCACACUGCGCCAUCUACUCACAUACCACUUAUCGCCCUACGCGGUACCACGAACGACGUUCUUUGAGUACUUGGCACACUUCACCAGUAGCGACGUGGAGAGGGAGCGUCUACGUGAGUUCACCAGCGCACAAGGCGCCGAUGAGCUGUACGAGUAUUGCGCACGUGUGCGCCGUACUGCCCCGGAAGUGCUCGAUGACUUCAAGUCUGUUCGCAUCCCGCCCCGGUAUGCCCUCGACGUCUUCCCUCUUCUCCGCCCGCGCAAGUUUAGCAUAGCGGGGAGCAAAAAGUCACAUUCACACGCUCACGCCUCAAACCAGCUGCAGCUCUGUAUCGCUCUCGUCAGGUACAAGACUAAACUGGCAAGGCCGCGCAUGGGAAUUUGCAGCGCUUGGUUGGAGAGUCUGAAGCAGGGCGACGAGGUGCAUGUGGGCGUGGAGGAGGGGACUAUUAGGGCACCGCGGCGUGUGAAUGGGCAUGAGGAUGCGGAUGAGCACGCUGAUAAUAACUUGACACACACACCUCCCCUUCUCCUCGUCGGGCCUGGUACUGGUGUGGCGCCGAUGCGCGCACUGGUGCAAGAACGUGAGCGUGACAUUCACACCCAACCAAGCGCACAAAACACCGCUCUCUAUUUCGGUUGCAGAUGCAGUGGAAUGGACGAAUUGUAUGCAGAUGAGAUGCAGUCGCUCGCUAGGGCUGGACGGCUCCAUUACCGCGUGGCGCACUCUCGCGAUGACGUUCACGGUAACAAGGAAUACGUUCAGCACCUCCUCCAACAGGAUGGAAAACGCGUCUAUAAUUGGCUCGUGGAGCGCAGCGGAUAUCUUUUCAUUAGUGGCAGCUCGGGACAGAUGCCCAAGGGAGUUAGAAAAGCUGUCGCUAGUAUCAUCGAGAGGCUCGAAGGGGUGGAUGAGAACACCGCGAUGAGAAAAGUGGAGUAUUUCGAAAGCAUUGGGAGGAUUGUGGAGGAGUGUUGGUAG